CCAUUUAUAAUACCAAUAACUUGAAUUGGUUUCUUCUUUCUUUUUCUGUAUCUGAUUGCUUUAUUCAAUUGCCUAGAGGUUACGAGCACGAAGCCAAUUUAACUGUUGCACACGCGUGAAAAUGCAUUAUUUAGUAAUUGCGCUCGCAAUGUAAUUGAAUAUCCAAAACCGAGAAGCCAAACAAAUUUACUGAGCAAGAUGAUUGAGCGGGAAAUUAUACACACCACAACCGCAUCGAGAAAAAUGUUUUCAUUUUUACAGGACUUGCUCCAAUUCCUGGUGCUGUUUGUACGCGUUCUAAUAGAAUUAAUAAUUGUGCUGCUCCGAUCGAUAGUGCCAAAAAAAUUGAAGGAUAUUAGCGAAGAGAUUGUGCUGAUAACUGGUACGGGGCAUGGCAUUGGCAGGGAGCUCGCAUUACACUAUGCCGCUUAUGGCAGCACAGUGGUCUGUGUGGACAUUGACGAGAAGAAUAACAUGGAAACUGUGCAAGAGGUGAGGCGCUUAAAUCGUGGAGCUGUGCACAGCUUUAGCUGCGAUGUCUCGAAGCGCGACCAGGUGCUCGCGCUGGCCAAGCGUGUGCAAACUGAGGUAGGCCCCGUCUCUGUUCUGGUCAACAAUGUGGGCAUAAUGCCGACGCAUCCUUUGCCCCAGCAAUCGGCCGAGGAGAUACAACGCGUCUUCGAUGUUAAUGUAUUUUCGCAAUUCUGGACCAUUCAAGCAUUCCUCGGUCAAAUGAAGGAGCAGGGCAAAGGUCACAUCAUCUCAUUAUCAUCCAUUGCCGGGCUGGUGGGUCUCUCGAACUUGGUUCCAUAUUGUGCAACGAAGUUCGCUGUGCGUGGCAUGAUGGAGGCACUGCACGAAGAGCUUCGCGAGGGGCCCUACAAAGAUCUGAUUAAAGUUACGACUAUUUUUCCAUAUAUGACGAAUACUGGUCUUUGCAAGUAUCCGAAAGUUAAGUUUCCCACUAUUUUGGGUUUGUUGGAUCCAAAGCAAGUGGCCAUGCGCAUUGUGGAAGCGCAUCGUUCCAAUUGUCUGGAGGUAACGAUACCCAGCUGCCUGAUGUACAUUAACAAUUGGACCCGACUGUUGCCCAGCAGUUGCGGCAUUAUGCUUAAAGACUAUAUAGACAGUGGUGUGGAGUCGGAUUUGAAUUAAUAUUGUACUGUUUUGUCAUAGAAUAUGUGUGUGUGUAAUAUGAGUUUUGGAAUAUUAAAGGUAGUAUUGGCCAUCGA